CUCGCAUUCAACGUUGAAGUAGAAUAGCAAUCAGGUCCUUAACACAAAAGGGCCAUGUAUUUCCUCUAAGCCCAAAUGAAGAAUGGGCCUCUAUAUUUAUCUGUUACAUAUCGCUGGCAUUUCCCAAAAUCUGUUGCAACCGUCACACUAUUCCACAACCGCCAAGAAACUUGGCUGAAUCCGUCCCUUCCCAUUCCUAACUUUCAAGAAACAGAGCAUCCCGCCAAAAUCACUUGCCGGAAACAAUGGCGUCAUCCACUCUGCGCCUCAUCGCCGUCACGAUCUUCCUCUUCAUCGUCUCCACCACUGUCUUAUCCGUUCAUGACGACGAAUUGGAGUCAAUGCUAAACCUUCUCAGAGGCAGGGGAUACAAUCUCUUCAGCAACGCCAUUUCCACCUCAGACAUCUUCUACGAAGUCCUCUCCGGUGACUCCUUCACCUUCUUCGCUCCGACGGAUUCUUCUCUUUUCACCCUCGACAUGACCAACACGGCGUCUGAAUACAUCUCCGCCCUCCGCUGCCACAUCAUACCCCUCCGCGUCCUCUUCCCUGAGCUCCGGCGACUCCCUUCCGGUUCCUCACUCCCUACUCUUGUCAAGAACCACAGAGCAACCGUUCGGCUUGAAAAUCCGACCUCCGAUUCCUUCAUCACCGUCGACGGAGUUCGCGUCGUCUUGCCUGACUUGUAUUACAGCCGAAACAUCGCGGUUCAUGGCCUGAGAGGAAAUCUUAAUUGCGCCUCGGUUCAAGAUUCCCGGUCUCAUUCCCCGACGGGUAAUCGUAACGCGCCUCCACCAUCUUUCAAUUCCCCUGCUGAAAUUGGCCCUAAUCUUACUGCAACCGGCGUGGAUACUAAAGCACCAUCUCCUUCGCCGGCGAGCUCGCUUGAUGAUUUCUUGAACUCACCUGUAGCUAAUGAAGGUCUGGGUAAACCUUCGCCGUUGAAUUUUUCCGAGUACAUCCAAUCACCGAGUCCUAUAGGUGGAGACUACCAAGAUUUCUCCUCUGCAGAGCCUGAACCUCCGGUGGGCGGCGGAUUGCCCCCUUCGUAUUCCCCGGCGGAACCUAAUCUUCCUCCACAAAUUUCCCCGGCGUAUAAUUUGUGGCUGCGACCUCCAACUUCCACAGUCUCCGCUCCCAGCAGCGAAGCAGGACCAGCGCCGGAAUUCUCAGAAAAUGACGAUCCAAUGGCCUUUCCGCCCUCGGCAAUUGAGAGCCAAGCUGACCAUAUGGUUACAACGAGCUCAGAAUUAAGUUCACUGAUGAACGGUAACGAAUUGUCUCUAACUGAAGUGGAUGAACUGAAGAAUAAGUUCCCGGAUCUUAUUCCGAUCACUGCAACGGAGGAGAUGGCAGUGAUGAUGGGAAGAACACCGUGGGAGAAAUGUGAGCCGUUAGAUGAGGCGAACUUUGGAUGCGCAAUAAUUGAUGAACUCGGCCACGACAGCGUUCCAGAUGCGGUGCCUGCUUAUGCAUUUACCCGUGAAUCAGUUUUUGCAAACCCCAGAACAACAUGCUGCAAUGCCGCUAAUGCCUAA